AUGGCGGAGAAUGGAUACGAGAAGUACAGCUAUGGCGAGCACUACCUGCAGAACGUCUACGUGCAUAUACCCCCCUCGCCCGCCCCAGCCAACACCGGCUACUGGAUAGUGUACAUUCAUGGCGGGGCAUGGCGGGAUCCAGACAUCCUGGCGCCCUCCUUCAAGGCGGCGCAGGACCACCUGCUCUCCGACCACUCCGUCUCAUCCAGCAUAGCAGGAAUAGCAUCCAUCGACUACCGACUGUCCGCACACCCCAACCACCCACAGGACCCUACCAGCCUGGAUGCAAGCGAGUACCGCAACGCCAAACACCCGGAGCACAUCCACGACGUGCGGGACGGGCUGGCCCUGCUGCAGUCCAUGUACGGGUUCGGCGAGCGGUACGUGCUUGCGGGCCACAGCUGCGGCGGCACGAUGGCGUUCCAGGUGGUUAUGAACCGCGUGCUGAGUGGGUAUGAAGUUGUUCGUCCCGUGGCGGUGGUGAGCGUGGCUGGCGUGACGAACCUGCUUGGUCUGGUGGAGGAGAAGGCGCAUAUAAGUGCGUACCGGGAGUUUGUGACGGGGGCGUUUGGGGAUGAGGCGGAGCGGACGUGGGAGGUUGUGUCUCCUGCGGUGGACGGGGAAGGGGUAGGGGGCGUGGUUGAUAGUUGGAAUAACGGACGGGUGGUGGUGAUGGGGUUUUCGGUGAAUGAUGAAGCGUUGCCGGGGAGUCAGUUGGGGUUUAUGAAGGGGACGGUGGAUGCGUGGGUUGCUGCUGGUGAUGGGGGUGCGGAGAGACGGGUGAGGAUUGUGGAGGAUAUGGCUGAGACGCAUGAUGGGAUGUGGAUUAAUGGAAGGGAGGUUGCGGAAGUCAUUGCUAUUGGUAUUAGGGAGUUGGAGGAUAUGCAGGUUUAG